GUAUACCCACCAGUAAGCUAGUGGUAGAUUUCACAACGGCCGACAUUUUCACAAGAAGUAACCGGUUUAUUCGCCGCCCAAAAAAAAGAAUAGAACACAUCUUUGGACUUACAGGAAGACUCGCGUCCUAUUACUGGAUCUAAUACUCUUUGAGGUCGUAUGCGGGCGACAACUAGUCCCGAUCGAGGGGUUUCCGACGUCCGACCGGACGGAGAGACGCUCUCCGCCUCGGGUUCACCGGGGUUUUAAAGGACUCUCCAGGGGCGAAGAAGAAGAAGUGUUAGAAAAAUACAAAACGGCGAAAGACAUUUCCGGACGUUAUCGUUCGGCGGUGACGGUUACACGUGACGGAUAUUAAGCUUUUUGUUUCUGGAUACUAUUUUUAUUUGUUUUACCUGUGAAGAAGAGAGAGAGAGAGGGGAGGAAUCAGCCCAGACAAAGGUACAAAGGAGAGGCCGACCGAGAGGAGGAGGGGGGGGGAUACAUCCAGCGGCCGGGCUCCGAGAGUGCGCCUCGCAGCCGAGGAACAGGGCUUUGUCCGCCGCCAUCCUGCGUACAGAGGGGAGGGGUGGCGGUGAUUUACCGCACCUUCACCGGGAUUAAGGAAGCAAAAAGGAGAGCGGAAAAAAGACGCCGAAUUCACUCGUGCAAAGGACGCGACAUGUAUCCACAAGGCCGGCAUCCGGCACCUCACCAGCCAGGGCAGCCUGGCUUCAAGUUCACUGUGGCGGAGUCCUGUGACAGGAUCAAAGACGAAUUUCAGUUCCUGCAGGCUCAGUACCACAGUCUAAAGGUGGAGUACGAUAAGCUGGCCAAUGAAAAGACGGAGAUGCAGCGUCACUAUGUCAUGUACUAUGAGAUGUCCUAUGGGCUCAACAUUGAGAUGCACAAACAGACUGAGAUCGCCAAACGUCUCAAUGCAAUUCUGGCUCAGAUCAUGCCGUUCUUAUCACAAGAGCAUCAACAGCAGGUGGCUCAGGCUGUUGAGCGGGCCAAGCAGGUCACGAUGACUGAGCUGAAUGCGAUCAUCGGGGUACGUGGACUUCCCAAUCUGCCUCUCACUCAGCAGCAGCCGCCUCAUAGUGUCUACCCAGCCUUCAUGCAGCAGCAGCUCCAGGCUCAGCAUCUCUCUCACGCCGCCCACGGCCCCCAGGUGCAGCUGCCCCCCCACCCCUCCGGCCUGCAGCCGCCCGGCAUGCCCCCCGUGACGGGCGCCGGCUCCGGCCUGCUGGCUCUGGGCGCUCUUGGCAGCCAGGCCCACCUGCCUGUGAAGGAUGAGAAGAACCACCACGACCUGGAGCACCGAGAGCGUGAGUCGAGCACGAACAACUCGGUGUCGCCAUCGGACAGCCUGCGGGCAGCGAGUGAGAAGCACCGCGGCUCUUCAGAUUACAGCCUCGACUCCAAGAAACGUAAAGUGGACGACAAAGACAGCAUGGGCCGAUAUGACAGCGACGGAGACAAAAGUGACGACUUGGUGGUGGACGUCUCCAACGAGGACCCGGCCACCCCGCGAGUCAGCCCCGCCCACUCUCCUCCAGAAAACGGCCUGGAUAAAUCCAGAGUCCUGAAGAAGGACGCCGCCCCCAACAGCCCCGCCUCCGUCGCCUCCUCGGGCAGCACGCCAUCCUCCAAAGCGAAGGACCACGCCCACAAUGACAAGUCGUCCACGCCCAGCCUGAAGUCCAACACGCCGACUCCGAGGAACGAGGCUCCGACGGCGGGGACCAGCACCACUCCGGGACUACGGCCUCUCACGAUGGGCAAACCACCCGGCUUGGAGGCACUGGCGGCCCCGGCCCUGCGUACGCCUCUCUCCAUCGCCGGCUCCUACGCCUCCCCGUUUGCGAUGAUGGGUCAUCACGAGAUGAACGGAUCCCUGACCAGCCCGGGCGUCUAUCCGGGUCUCAUUUCACCGCAGAUGAGCGCCGCCGCCGCCGCCGUCGCCUACGGACGCUCGCCAAUUGCGGGGUUUGACCCUCAUUCCCACAUGAGAGCGCCGGGCCUGCCAGCCAGCCUCACGUCCAUUUCUGGAGGGAAACCAGCGUAUUCUUUUCACGUGAGCGCCGAUGGUCAGAUGCAGCCGGUGCCCUUCCCUCCAGACGCACUGAUUGGCCCGGGCAUCCCGCGUCACGCUCGCCAGAUCAACACGUUGAGCCACGGGGAAGUGGUGUGCGCCGUGACCAUCAGCAACCCCACGCGUCACGUCUACACCGGCGGCAAGGGCUGUGUCAAGAUCUGGGACAUCAGCCAGCCCGGCAGCAAGAGCCCCGUGUCCCAACUCGACUGCCUGAACAGGGACAACUACAUCCGCUCCUGCAAGCUCCUGCCUGACGGCCGCACCCUGAUCGUGGGCGGCGAGGCCAGCACGCUGACCAUCUGGGACCUGGCCUCGCAGACGCCGCGCAUCAAGGCCGAGCUCACGUCCUCGGCGCCGGCCUGCUACGCGCUGGCCAUCAGCCCCGACGCCAAGGUCUGCUUCUCCUGCUGCUCGGACGGAAACAUCGCCGUGUGGGAUCUCCACAACCAGACCCUCGUGAGGCAGUUCCAGGGCCACACGGACGGAGCCAGCUGCAUCGACAUCUCCCACGACGGGACCAAGCUGUGGACCGGCGGGCUGGACAACACGGUCCGCUCCUGGGACCUGAGGGAGGGCCGGCAGCUCCAGCAGCACGACUUCACCUCCCAGAUCUUCUCUCUGGGCUACUGUCCGACAGGCGAGUGGCUGGCUGUGGGGAUGGAGAGCAGCAACGUGGAAGUCCUGCACGUCUCCAAACCCGACAAGUACCAGCUGCACCUGCACGAGAGCUGCGUGCUCUCGCUCAAGUUCGCCUUCUGCGGUAAAUGGUUUGUGAGCACAGGGAAGGACAAUCUGCUGAACGCAUGGAGGACUCCUUACGGCGCCAGCAUAUUCCAGUCGAAGGAGUCGUCCUCCGUCCUGAGCUGCGACAUCUCCGCCGAUGACAAAUACAUCGUGACGGGCUCCGGGGACAAGAAGGCCACCGUGUACGAGGUCAUCUACUAGAGACGACGCCCACAUCGACUCCACAUUUGACAAAUCGGAACUGGCGGCGAUGGAGGAGCUGUUGGCCGAGGGAGCUCGUGCCGGAGAGAAGGUUUUCUCUCCUUGUUUUGGAAUUUUUGUUAAUUGGUUUUUUUUGGCGACUUUCUUCUAUUUUGUUCCUGGCUUUUUUUCCCCGACUUUCUUUCCCCGUGAUAAUAUUUGGGCGUAAACCCAAUGAAGCGGUGCUUCAUUUCUGAGAACCUCGUCCCCCUUUCUCUCCCUCCCUCCCCCCAAGACGUCUUGUGAAAAGUGUACAUAUCGGAUUAAAUAAAAGACACUUUAUAUAUAUUAUAAAAUAUAUAUAUUUUCAUGUCCUGGGUGUACUUGUGAUGAAUUUUUGUUUUUGUUUUUUGGGCUUACUCUUGUCUUAUGCCAUGAUAUUUGAGUGGGAAAGCGGAAAACAUAGAUUAGAACUUUUUAACAAUUUUACUCUUGAUUUUUCUUAAAGCACAUUCUCCGGGCUGACCCUUUUUUUUUUUCAGAAAUCAAACCGAGGAGCAUGAAAACUUGUAAGUAGGACGUUUUGUGGAAGAUUUUUAAAAAGGCCUUUUUGUCACAGUGCUCUUACCGGACAAUGGACACGCGGCGUCCUCUGACUCCGGCAGAGACUCGGCUGGUUGGGACCACUGUGGGACGGAGCAGGACACGAGGAUUCAGGAAAAAGAAAUGGAUGUAAAUUUAAUUCCUAUAUAUAUAACAAAAGACCUUUUUUUUGUAAGUGUACUGCUCUGUCUGUGCUAUCUGUCUCCCUGUUUGUUUUGACCCUGUUGGAUUAUGGGGGAUGGGGAUGUUUAUUGUUUAGCCUAACCCUUGGACCUCAGUUGGCAGCAGAAGCACGAGAGCAGCCGCAGACUGGAUGAAAAUGUGCUUUUUGCUAACUUGACGCAAUAUGGAUGUCGAGUUGCGACAUUGAUUUUAUGGAUCCAGACUAAAACUCAAACGGUUCAAUCCGCGCUACUGGAAUCCUUCCGCCCUUUUGAAUCUGAUCCACGCUCCUGGAAUGAGAUUGGCUGGCGGAGAAACGUAAACGCUGAUGCGGACGGAGGGCACGGCACUUAAAAUGUAAACGCAAACGAAUAAGUCGAGUGUCUCCAAUGUAGACGGUAUGAAGCGGUGGAUACUUCUGGUUGUACACCGUGCUCCGAGGAUCCCGUCAGCAGUCCCCACUGAAAGAAAGGAAGAAAGAAACUAAUCUAAAGGGGCGAUGAGCGCCGGCCCUCUGAAUCACACCAAAGUAUGUAGCAAAUGCUGUCGGCACUGAAAAGAAAAUGUACAGUUGUUAAUAAAUCAAUAAAACAGUU